AUGCGCGUUUGGAGGUCCAGCGUGGAGGCAGAGGUGAUGCGCGGCAAGCUUGUUGCGUGCGCCGUUGCUUGGGAGCUAGGCCGGCAGGUGUGCGGGCUAGCUCCAGCAGCACUCGCUUGCUCUGCCCGCGCCCGCGCCUUUCUACAGCAACCAGAGAACCACCUCCCCACCUCCACGCGCAUCCAGGACCUUUUCCUCUCCACCCGCCGUCCCCCAACUCCUUCUCUCUUCACCGAGCCGCCUCCCGAUCCCUCCCUCUCUCCUCCCCGCUCCCUCGUCCUCUCUCUCCUCCGCCCGCCGAGAAACCCCGCCGCCCGCCCGCCCGCCCGCCACUGCCUUCCGAAGCUCGGUAAGUCUUGCUCGCCCAGGCCACGCCUUUGCCUGCGUCGCGAUCAGCUGGCUGACAUCAAGCAGCGCGCGCCCCAGAGCUCCUACCACCAACCUCUCUAUCGCCCCACCAACGCGUCGCAGCUCUGCAUCGCCGCGCCGCUUCCUACGCCAUUGGAUAUCUCUGAACGAAUUGUUCUAGGAAAUCAUCGGUCCUUUGCCACGAACGCCAUGUCUGCCGAAGACGUUGCCAUGCAGUCUCCCACCGUUGACGACGUUGCCCAGCCGUUCCAGCACCUCAACGUCAAUGAGGCCGGCGAGCCCAUUCCCAGGACUGAAGAGGAAUAUGCCGAUGCGCAAUUGACCCUGCGCGCCAUUGUUUCCUCCAAGGAAGCUGGUGUCAUUAUUGGCAAAGCAGGUCAGAACGUCGCCAACUUGCGCGACGAGACCGGCGUCCGCGCUGGCGUCAGCAAGGUCGUGCCGGGCGUCCACGACCGUGUCCUCACCGUGACUGGUGCUCUGAGCGGCAUCUCGAAGGCAUACCACCUCGUCGCCAAAGGUCUGCUCGAGGGCGCGCCCUCCGUUGGCAUGGGCGGCGUGGUCAACACCAGCGGCACUCACCCCGUUCGCCUGCUCAUUUCCCACAACCAGAUGGGAACCAUCAUUGGUCGACAGGGUCUGAAGAUCAAGCAGAUUCAGGAUGCCUCGGGUGUCCGCAUGGUUGCGCAGAAGGAAAUGCUCCCCCAGUCCACGGAGCGCAUCGUCGAGAUUCAGGGCACGCCCGAGGGUAUUGAGAAGGCUACUUGGGAGAUCGGCAAGUGCCUGAUCGACGACCACGAGCGCGGCUAUGGUACCGUCCUCUACAACCCUGCUGUCCGGGUCCAAGCUGGCACUGGCGGCCCCGUUGGCAACGGAUUCGCCGGCACCCGCUCCUACAACCGUACUGGCCACGGAAACGACUUCAGUGACUCUCCCACCUACAGUCGCCGCUCGGGAUCGGACGCCGCCUCGCGCCCUCCGAUGCCCACGACGACCGAGGACGGCGAGGAGAUCCAGACGCAGAACAUCAGCAUCCCCUCGGACAUGGUCGGCUGCAUCAUCGGCCGUGGUGGCAGCAAGAUCAGCGAGAUCAGAAAGAGUUCCGGCGCACGUAUCUCCAUCGCCAAGGCCCCCCACGAUGAGACGGGCGAGCGCAUGUUCACCAUCAUGGGCAGCCCCAGCAGCAACGAGAAGGCACUGUACCUUCUCUAUGAGAACCUCGAGGCGGAGAAGAUGCGCCGCAGCCAGGCGCCCCAGGAGUAA